AUGACAGACCGUAAGAUCCUCCCUACCUGUACGUCGCUCAUAACUAACAAAUCCCAAAGUCCAAAUACGCCUAGGCUCUCCAUGGAGAUAGGACCCAGCAGAGCUAUAUCUGUGGAAAAUCCAAUAGGGGGGAUAGUUAUCACUAUCCGUCGCGCAGAAGAUGACUGCAGCACACCUUGUAUCCUUCGCUGGAGCUGUCAACUUGAUGGAUGGACUCCUUCUGGCUUUAUGCUCUUUAAACACACGCCAGACGGUCUAAAAGAAGUUGAAGGAAACAACAAGUCGACACCUCCCCAAACCUUGAAGCUUACAGGAUAUGGAGGCGAGACCGAACAGCUUCUUCCUGGUCAAACUCUCCAAAGAAAUAUUGGCUUCCCGAAUAAAUUCGAGGACCAUUUGGUCGCUGGUGAGAGAUAUGAAGUUUUCUGGCCUGGGGCUGAAUAUGCCUUGUGGGCUUGGGGCACUUUGAGUGAGCACUGGGAUCAAGAAAUUGGGGUUAACCUGGGGCUACCCCGUGUCAUCAUCCCUGGAGGAGCCUGUUGUUCCCUCACCUGCGUAGAAAAAGAAGACAUCCCGGUCUCUGAGCCUGAAGACUUUCGUGUGGAGAAGUCUAGACGAAUCCCUGGAACCCCUUUUAUAAGUGUGUUUCUGGAAGGUCCAUCGGCAAUCUCCAAAGCAGAAGGGAUUUGUAUCACGGCAAAGAUUACCUAUGAUGGUCUGACAAACGAUGAUUAUGAGGCUGUCCUUGCUGGUGCAACACCGAUCAUCAUACACGAUCUCACUUUUGGUCACGACAACUUUCGACUACAACGUCGCUGCCCCGAGUACGAUCCGUUGAGGAAUUCAAAGGAAGGUCCCCCACAGUGGAAGACUUAUUUUGACGAAGAAAGAGAUGCAAAUAGGGGUUGGAUUAUAGUAGAUGAACCUGACAUUGAGGUCAACGUCACGGAUUCUGAGUGGUUCCGCAGCCUCCAACCAGGGGAAACCUUUACUAGCGAAUUUUCUAUUGACUAUCUGGAUUUACACCCCGAUACGGUGGUCGGUGACACAUAUCGAUGGCAGUACUGGGGUGGCUGCAUUGACUGGUGGACUUGGGGCGAUCGCGAAGAACAUGCAAACACAGUUGUGAAAUUACCAUGCUGGAUGUAUGCGCAUGUCGUUGACCCUGCUGAUAAUGAUGGGAGACCAGAGAUAAUCAUCCUCUCAUCCAAUGCUCUCGAGUUUACUGUUGUUGAUUGA